GCUAGGAUAGUUGUCAACAGAGCAGGAAGUUCCUGGGAGAUAACAAAUCUAAUUUUAAUAAUUGUCUCGUGAAGAAAAAGUGCUGCAGCAUUCCAAGGGUGACCGAUGAAUCUGGCUUCAUAUGGAAUCUUUUAAAUUCCAGCAAUCUGGAGGAGGAGGCUACAGAUUUGCAGAGCAAUACCUGGGUUGAUUUACCUUCCGUUGCAUGGAAACAGGAUAAGGAUGGGAGACAACUGGAAAAGAAAGCCCAGCGUCUGCCAUGGUCCUAUACUUCCACGAAUACAGAUCCCUUCAUCUGCUCAGGACACCUCCUUAAUGAAGGAUUUGAAAAGAGGACAGCAGCGCUACUUUUACAGCAUUAUGAGAAUAUAUGACAGCGAAGCGCCGAGGGAAAUGUUGUACCAUCGGUAUGUGAUCAAUCUCCAGCGCCAGAACGCGCAGGGGCUCAUCACAAAGCAGCAAGUCAAAUAUUAUGCAUCCUACCUGAAAGAUUAAAAAAAAAAACCCCGCAGAGGAAUCAAGGCUGGGAACUGCACCUCCCUUGAAGACAGACCUCGGGAAGGCAGAGCUCCAUUUCUGUAAUUAAAUGUGAAUCAAAGAAACCAGAGAUGACUCACAGUCAGUGAAAAAGGAUGAAUCACUUUUCUUCCGUGAGAAUUGGACACUUAAUGUUACAUCCAGAAGUUGUGCUAGGUGCAUAUACAAAACAAGCUGGUAACUCGUCUUUCUGUUUUUAUUUUAUUUUUAAAUGCACAUUCUCUUCUAGGAAAAAAGUGCUCAAAAUUUCUGUAAUUUUGCAUGCAUUAUAUGAAAAUAGAUAUUUGAAAUCUUGCAGAAUUUGCCAUUUUGUGCCAUGGAGGGGGGGGGGAUGGUAUGGGGAAAUGUGAAAUAAGGAGACUCGGGAUAAAUGGGGGGCAGUGGACACUUAUUUGAAUGCAGAAUGUUCCUGUUCCUAAACUUGCUUGUUUUCAAACACAUGUGUGCUGCGCGCACACACACGCACACACACAAACACCCACACACACACCUCCCCCCUAUAGACACAUAUACAUGAGGGCUAAAAACAUGCGCAAAUAAAAUGAAAGUGGUGAUUCAGUGUAAGAUUUUGCCUGAGGAGGAAUUUGUAUCCUCUUAUCUUGCCGAUCAGAAGGUCGGCGGUUUGAAUCCCCACAACGGGGUGAGCUCCCGUUGCUCGGUCCCAGCUCCUGCCCACCUACGGUAGCAGUUCAAAAGCACGUCAAGUGCAAGUAGAUAAAUAGGUACAGCUCCGGUGCGAAGGUAAACAGCAUUUCCGUGCGCUGCUCUGGUUCGCCAGAAGCAGUCAUGACCCGGAAAAAUUGUCUGCGGACAAACGCCGGCUCCCUCGACCAGUAAAGCGAGAUGAGCACGCAACCCCAGAGUCCUCCGCAACUGGACCUAACAGUCAGGGGUACCUUUACCUUUACCUUUAUCUGCAAUCACAGCUCUGAACUACUUGGUAAAGAUGUGUACAAAACGGAUGUCAUCUUAUAGAGAGGAGCCUGUUCAGAGUGGGCCCUCUGAGCGAUGGUAUAGGACAGACUGCUUAAAGCUUCUGACUGCAGAAUGGAAAUUACAGGUUAACACUGGAUGCAUUACAAUGAUGUGUAUGGAAACGGACACUCUAAGUUUGUCUCUGACACCUUUAAAUUAAUUUCCAGCUUUAAAUAAGAAAUGAAAUAUGUAACAAAUGCAAAUAAAAUUUAAUAUCGAUGUGCAUACUGACAGGGGAAAGCGUCACCAGUUGUUUUCCGGCAGAUGGCUUUCUUUCUGAAAAAGCUGCUCCAUAAACCUUUAUUACGGUCUAUUUUUGUGCUUUUUUGGAAACUGACACAUAAUCAUGCAUUUUGCAUCAGCCCAGUGGGUUCCUCUAGAUGACCUGUUUACUGACUAGCAUUCAUCCUGAUUUGCUCAUACUGUACAAAGCUUACAUGAAAGUUAGAUUAUAUCCCGUUUUUACUGAACAUUUGUUUUGAUGUGGGGAGGCUAUAUGACAAUGAGCAUUUGUUCUGCAUUCAUCCUGCUUCGCUUGCAGGGUGUUUACAUGUAUUUCCAUUAACCAUUCAUUCAUCCCACACUUUUCAGUGCAGAAUGCGUUUAAUCCACUUUAAUUGGUAGUCAUAAAGUCCCCAGUCUGCACUUGAAUCCCUCCUACAAAAUGCUGAACGUGUUAAACAUGAGAUUAGAUCCCGAAUGAAAAUCCUGUUUGCUAAAGGAAUGGUUUAGCUUCCUUCCUUUUCAUUCCAGCUGCAUCCUCCUGACAGCCAAGUGUGUCUCUACCAGGUUUAGUGCCUCUCUUCUUUAGCUUUGUUGCUUUCCAGGGUCCUGCCGUAAAACUUUGCAAGAGGUUGGUUGUCAGUGAAAUAUGGCUGCUCUGAUAAAAGCAAGCGGAUGCGCCUCAUUCCAGAGCUUUCAUUUUCACUUUUUGUGCACCCCAUUUCUUAGCCUGUUAUUUGGCCACAAUUACUUCCCUCGUUUUACCCUGACUUUCUUCCUACAACUGCUCUUUAAGUCCAAAAAAUACCUAAUGUUGAUCCAACAAAGUCAGGCUGCCUAGGAUACUAUCCAGGAAAGUCUAUUCCUGCCAGUAGUGUGUGCAAUGUAGCCUAGCUUUUGCUGUGCCUACGUUCCCCUUCCUGCCUGUUGCUGAAAAUUCUCCAUCCAUACCUGGAAAAAGGUAGCUGGGCCUAAUUCAUACGUAACCUUUUUCACAGUGUGGACAAAUUUCCUUACAUGGAUAGCCUCCACAAGUCAUACCGGUAUUUGCAAUAGAUGUUUUCAGCACUGGCAAAUUUUAGGUAACAAUCUUAGCUUCCAUUUUCCCCUGU